UAGGGUAGAGUCGGAUAAAGCGUACCGCCGGGUAAAUCGUACCACCGCCAUUUUUGAAAGAAUGAUCUACUACCCGUGACACCUCUUGUCAAAAUUUAGAAGCUUUUAUGAUUAUAUUUGCUCCGCCCAAGUUAUUCUUUGCAGCUCACUUCACACUGUGAGUCAGUUUGAGGUUAAAUUAAAAGCAGUGUUGUUCAUGUUAUUUUUUGCUCCUAUUCAUAAGCCUUUUUUUACAUUUGGUUUUUAAAAAAGAAUAUGAGUAAAGUAAGAAAUAAUUUAAUAACAAAACCGGAAUACUGUCGAUGGACCUCAGAAGAUAUGGACCAUGCGAUUAAUGCAUACAAACAAAACCAGUGUGGUUUUAAUGAGUGCUGCAGACGUUAUAAUAUUCCAAAACCGACUCUUAGGAGCCAUUUGCGCACUUUAAAUAAAAAGGCAAAUGAAAAUGUUCAAUCUUUGGGUCGACACACAACUUUUAGCACUGAAAUUGAAAUGGAAUUGGCAAAACAUAUUUUAAAGCUGGAAGAAAGAUUAUUUGGUGUAAUAAUUCGGGAUGUUCGACGAUUUUCUUUUCAAGUAGCUGUUCGGAAUGAUAUUCCACACCGUUUCAAUAUCAAUAAGGAAAUGGCGGGAAAAGGAUGGUAUUAUUAUUUUAUGGACCAACAUCCUGAACUGUCACUUAGACAACCAGAGAAAAUCUCCAUGGACAGAGCAACUGGAUUCAACCAAAAAAACCUCCAUGAGUUUUUCGAUAUUUUAGAAAAAUGUGUUGAUGAAAACGGUUUUACGGCUCAAAAAAUUUAUAAUGUUGAUGAAAGUGGAUUUUCAACAGUUCAGAGACAGAAACAAAAAAUAAUUGCACGUAGAGGAAAGCACCAAGUUGGGGGUACAGCAAGUGGUGAAAGGGGCGUAAAUACCAUAGCUGUCGUUUGUGCCAGUACUGCCAGUCAAACUGUACCGCCCAUGAUAAUUUUUUAAGAGAAAACAUAUGGCUCCAGAGCUUACCAUAGUUGCAAUACCUGGCAUAAUUGUUACAAUUUCAGAUACUGAAGAUAUAAAUAGUGAACUUUUUGUUAAAUGGUUACAGCACUUCAUUGAGUACGUAAAACCAAGUACCGAAAAAAAAGUUUUAAUUUUACUAGAUGGCCACACAACGCACUCUAAAAAUCUAGAGGCUUUCAUUUUAGCAGAAAGCCAUGGAAUUGUACUACUGCAACUUCCUGGCCAUACUAUAAAUCGGUUGCAGCCGUUAAACGUGAGGUUUUUUAAGCCUAUGGAAUUCUGUUUUUCUCAAGGUCUAGAAACAUUUUUAAGGAGGAAUCCUGAUAACAUUGUUUCUCAAUACAACAUGACUGGAUUGCUCUCUGAUGACUAUGCAAAAACAGUAUCAAUAAGCACUAUCAUGAAUGGUUUCAAAAGUACUGGAAUAUGGCCGGUUGACCGCACUGUCUUUUCUGAGUCAGAUUUUAUCGCUGCUAAUGCCUUGCUUGAAAAUGAUUCAGAAAAAGCAAAUGAGGACUCAGAGGCAGAAAAUCUACGUGAAACGACUACUGAGCCUAAAGACGAUGCUACUGAGCCACCAGUUCACAGUGAUAGUACUGAACAAAACAAAAAUUGCAACACAACAGAUCUCAAUGCCUCUAUUGAAGAAAUUGACCCUCUACCCCAGAAUAAAGGUUACGAUGAGAGACGAAAAGCUUCUCAACUAGCCGUCAUUGUGAGCACCACGCCCUAUAAGGAUAAAUUAGAAAACAAACGUAAGCAAAGGCAAAAAUCAACCAAAAAAGUAAAAAAAAUCUUAAGCUUUCUUCUACUUCUCUUUUUGAAGCAUGUGACGGUCAAUCUUCCAUUUGAAAAUCUGCCGAGGUAAAGGCUCAAAUUGAAUAUGAUCCUACUGAUUAGUACUGCUUUAUAUGUGAAGAGAACAUUAUUGAAUAUAUGGUGAGAUGCGAAAAAUGGGCCCACACAUCAUGUGCAGGAAAAAA